UCUAUGAUGUAUGAUCCACCAGACUAUCCCUACAAAGAUUUGCCAGAAACUUUGCAAGAUACCAAUGAAGAUUUGUUGUUUACCAAUGCAUGCUCAACAUUUCCAAGCAAUCCAACCCCUGAAGUAACGAAAACACAAAGCUUUGAGCCACAACUCCCGAACCACAUUGAGCAAUAUUACAGUACCGAACUGUUACCAGGAAACGGAAAUGAUAAUGCAGAGCUUCUCGUGAUACAGUCUGAAAACUUAUUGUAUUAUGAGCCUACAUUGUUAGACGAUAAUACAGUCAAUCAAUUUUUGCUAUUACCUGAGAACAAUAAUUCUAACGUUACAAAGGAUGGAGAGGAGGAAAGUGGGCCAGAUUUGCUAUCCCUGCAGUCAUGUGUCCUCUGUCAUGAGAUCUUCACUACAGAAGCCGAUUUACUCGACCACUCUAUUUCAAUGCACGCUUCCGAUAACGCAAUUGACCAAAAUCUAAAUCUACGGGAACCCCCUGUUUUUAACGAUGCUUCUGUCAGCGCUGGAUGCGAAACUGUGGGUAGCGAUACCAACACUCCUGUGGAAGAUUGGCUGGUGUGCAGCGCUUGCCAGCGAGUGCUCUCUACAAGCCAAGAAAUUGACACAUCAGAACCACUAUGUUGCAUGGACAUUGCGGGAAAAUGCACAGUCGUGAGACGCCAGCUGGAGACGAUGUAUGUUUGCGAUUAUUGUAGCGGUCUGUUUGCUGAUGGUGAAUCACUUGAGUCACACAGGACAUGUUGCAUGAUAAACGAAGUCAGCUACCAGGAGACUGAGGAUAUUGUAACCAACAACAUUCAAGGAAGCCCUGAAUAUCUAAUGCCAUGUUUUACAUGCGAGUCUUGCCACAAUCUAUUCAACACAGCAGAAGAGCUAACGCGUCACCUGAGCAAUUGCCAAGCACAUCCCGUGACGAGGCGUGGAAAACAUACUUUUAGCAGCAACUCUAGUAGCAAAAUGUGGAACUGCGGAUCAUGCAACCAACUUUUUGCUACUGCCAGGGAGCUUUACCGCCACAAGCGCGGCGAGGACCGCCCCCCCGGCGCCCCUCUCACGGCCUACGUCUGUGAGGAAUGCGACAAGGUGUUGGGGAGCAUGUGCGCACUUCAUACGCAUAGGAAAAUGCACAAAGUCACUAAACCCGGCUACCCGUGCCGAAUUUGCGGAAGACGUUUCAACCAAUCAGGUCAUCUGGCGAUCCACAUGAGAAUGCACACCGGAGAGCGCCCCUAUCCAUGUGAUUUAUGCUCCAAAGCGUUUAAGGUCAAGGUGGAGCGGGACGACCAUCGGCGGACGCACACCGGGGAGCGGCCCUUUGCGUGCGCCGCGUGCCCCAAGACGUUCACCGCCGCCGCACGCUUGCGUGAACACGCACGCAUCCACACAGACCAAAGACCGUAUCGUUGCGAUAUCUGUGGGGCAGCGUUUCGGCGGCCGUAUGCUCGCACCGUCCACACCCUCAUACACACCGGGGAGAAACCACACGAGUGUGACGUCUGCGGCACUGCUUUCAGGCGAUCAGGAGACAUGUGGAAGCACAAGCGGACGAUCCACGGAACCCAGCUCCCCGAAGACGGGAAACCCCACUAGUCACCAUACGGCCUUUGGCGCUUUUAACCAACUAUUAGUCGUACAACGCUAACUUUGCAUCAGAAACAAGUACAAG